AAAGUAAAUCAAAGUUCAGUCAAACAACAUUCGGUACACUCCAAAUUACCAAUGUACUAAUAUCGACAUUUCCUUUAUUUUCCACUCAUUGAAAUUAUGAGUUAGGAAUCGAAACUUAAUCAGUUCAACACAUUCGGCUUUACCUUUUCAAAUAUGGCGUUGGAUUUGGUCAGCGUUGCUCAGCCCCACUACAUACCUGGUUACACGGGCCAUUGUCCAGAGUACAAGUAUCGUAUCGGCGACACAUAUGGCUCCACCACACACAAGAUACUGCUGGACCCCAGCGUCAGUCACUCGGAGCGGCUCGUGCUGUCUGAUAGAACCGCUGACGAUUUCCAGAUAUACCGUCCGCCGCAAACUGACAUCGACGUGGUGAACGCGAGGUUUCGCAACGGUGAUCCAGUUUACAAGCAUCCCAUGAUACCGGGAUAUGAGGGAUUCUUGCCUCGGCUGAACGCACACUUUGGCCAGCGGUACACAGUAGCUGCAACAGAAGCCUUGUCAGAGUUCCAAAAGUCCCAACUAAAUCAGCGAGCAGCACGUAACCAGUUGGAAAGAGUGGUUGACCUGCAAGCUGGGAAAGGAAAACCCUGGAACCUAGUUGACAGAUUUUCUGCAACAGCGGAGUUCAAAUUACCAUUAGUGGUGGUAAGGCCAGAGUGCGCAGGGAUAUUGCGGGAUGUGCCGAUGGACGAACCGAAACUGUCUCCAGCUACUCACUCUACCAGCCCAUAUUUUAUGGAGAAUAGCAAUCCAGACAAGUACAUGAUAAAAGGUUUUACUGGUAAUGUUCCAUACGGCUUCCAAAGAUUUGGUGAAUCAUCAAAGAAGCUCACCAACUCGGCUCUAUGCGACUUCUCGUCUAACUACAGACGACGGCAGAGCACUGAAUGGGCACCAGUAAAUGUAGUCAAACCUGACCCGCCAAUGUCCAUUAACCCUACGGAGAUCUAUCACAAGCAUGUCGGCAUGCUACCCAACUACGCGGGCCAUGUACCAGGAUGUGUGUUCAGAUUUGGAAAAACAUACGGAAAUGACACAAGAGAUGCUAAGAGAUGGCUGCGGGGUGACUUCAAACCAUAGCGUUUAUGAAAUAUAGAAGAAAUCAUUAUUAUCCAUUCGCCACCCAAUCACAGACAAGUUCUGAUUAAUGUAUUAAUUAUUGAAGUAGGAAAAUUAUUAAAUAAAUUAUCUAAUAAUAUUAUAAAUAAAAACCUACAUACACCUACUCUAGAUAUAUUUUUAUUUAUCAUAUAAAUUUUGUGAGCAUUUCUAUUUAAAUCGUCACUUCUUACAGUUUCAAUACCUUUACGUAAAUAGACAGAAUCAAAGAUAUUGAAAAUAGGCUAAUUUAACCUCAUAAUCAGAAAAU